CCACAACCCCCCCAUUCUCCGGUGCGCCGCCGACUCCGUUUCGCUCUCCCUCGCAGCGCCGUCGCCGCUGCAAUUCCACGCUCCACCUUUUAGCACCUGGAGAUUGUCUAAAGCUAACCCAUACCUCUUACAAGCCGCCAGGCCGGCCCAUACUCUCCCGGAAUCAUGACACAGGACGGAAUUAUGCAGUUGCGGGAGCUGACUCUAGAAGAACUGGAGAGGAAAAAGAAGAAAGAAGAGAAGGCUCAAGAGAAAGAACUGAAGAAACUGAAGGCUGCACAAAAGGCAGAAGCUGCUAAGCUUCAGGCACAACAAACCUCUGGCGCAAACAAAGCUCCGAAGAAAAAGAAUGCUAAAAGAGACACUGGGGAAGAAAACCCUGAAGAUUUUCUUGAUCCUCAUACCCCAUUCGGACAAAAGAAACAACUUUCCCGUCUGAUGGCAAAGGCGUUCAAUCCUAGUGCUGUGGAGAAAGCGUGGUACUCAUGGUGGGAAAAGUCUAAUUUUUUUGUGGCGGAUCCAAAGAGUUCCAAACCUCCUUUUGUGAUUCUUCUACCACCACCUAAUGUGACUGGAGAACUACACAUUGGCCAUGCCCUGACUGCUGCCCUUCAGGAUGUACUUGUUCGAUGGCGAAGAAUGUCUGGAUUUAAUGUUUUGUGGGUUCCUGGAACCGACCAUGCAGGCAUUGCAACACAGGUGAAAGUGGAAGAGAAGAUUAUGCACGAAAAGCAAUUAAAAAGGCAUGAUAUUGGUCGUGAAGAAUUUCUAUCUGAAGCAUGGAAGUGGAAGGAGAAAUGUGGAGGAACCAUUUUGAAACAACUACGUCAGCUGGGUGCAUCCCUGGACUGGUCCCGUGAGUGUUUUACUAUGGAUGAGAAAAGGUCCAGAGCUGUUUCUGAGGCUUUUGUUAGGCUUUACCAUGAAGGCCUUAUAUAUAGGGAUCUUCGGCUCGUGAAUUGGGAUUGUAUCUUGCAGACAGCGAUAUCUGAUAUUGAGGUGGUAAAAAUUGCAAUUGAGAAGAGAAAACCAUUAAAGGUUCCUGGAUAUGAAAAUCCUGUUGAGUUUGGAGUUUUGACAUCAUUUGCUUAUCCUUUGGAAGGGGAAUUAGGGGAGAUUGUUGUGGCCACUACCAGAGUGGAAACUGUGUUGGGAGAUACAGCUGUUGCUAUACAUCCUGAUGAUCCAAGAUACCGGCAUCUCCAUGGGAAAUUUGUAAUUCAUCCGUUUGAUGGAAGAAGACUUCCAAUUGUUUGUGAUUCGAGUGUUCAUAUGGAUUAUGGGACUGGUGCCGAGAAGAUUACUCCAGCACAUGAUCCUGAGGAUUUUGAGGUUGGCAAGCGUCACAACCUUGAGUUCAUCAACAUUUUUACUGAUGAUGGAAAAAUAAAUAGCAAUGGGGGUCCUGAGUUUGAAGGAAUGCCACGUUUCAAGGCCCGUGCGGCUAUCACUGAAGCUUUACAGAAAAAGGGUCUCUACAGAGGUGACGAGGAUAAUGAUAUGGUUCUUGGCAUAUGUUCACGAAGCAAUGAUGUUGUGGAACCUUUGAUAAAGCCCCAAUGGUACGUGAACUGCAAAGGUAUGGCCAAGGAAGCACUUGAUGCUGUUACAGAUGAAGACAACAAGAAAUUAUAUAUCUUUCCAAAACAGUAUACAGCAGAAUGGAAGAGAUGGCUUGGUAAUAUACGUGAUUGGUGCAUCUCAAGGCAGCUUUGGUGGGGUCACAGGAUUCCUGCUUGGUAUGUGACACUAGAUGAUGAUGAACUAAAGGAAUUUGGUGCAUACAACAAUCACUGGGUCAUUGCUAGAACUGAGCAGGAAGCUCAUCAAGAGGCGAGAAAGGUCUUUGAUGGGAAAAACUUUCAACUUACUCAGGAUCCCGAUGUUCUGGACACAUGGUUUUCUUCUGGACUUUUUCCAUUAUCUGUGUUGGGAUGGCCUGACAAUACUGAUGACUUGAAUGCAUUUUAUCCCAAUUCUCUCCUUGAAACUGGGCAUGAUAUUCUCUUUUUUUGGGUAGCUCGUAUGGUAAUGUUGGGAAUUAAGCUAGGAGGUGACAUACCAUUUGGAAAGGUUUAUUUGCAUCCAUUGAUUCGUGAUGCCCAUGGUCGCAAGAUAUCCAAGUCCCUGGGGAAUGCGAUUGAUCCUCUUGAUGUCAUCACUGGAAUUACUCUUGAAGGGCUUCACAAAAAACUAGAGAAAAGACUAGAGGAGGGUCACUUGGACCCGAAUGGAUUAAAGGUUGCGAAAGAGGAACAGACAAAGGACUUCCCUAAUGGUAUUCCUGAAUGUGGUGCUGAUGCUCUUCGUUUUGCUCUUGUUUCGUAUACAGCUCAGUCUGAUAAAAUAUAUCUGGAUAUUCUAAGGGUGGUUGGAUAUCGUCAAUGGUGUAACAAGUUGUGGAAUGCUAUAAGAUUUGCCAUGAGCAAACUCGGAGAUGAUUACACUCCUCCAUCUGAUAUAGUCCCGAAUGUCAUGCCAUUUAGCUGUCAGUGGAUACUAUCGGUUUUGAACAAAGCUAUUUCAAAAACUGUGUCGUCUUUAGAGGCGUAUGAAUUCUCUGAUGCAACAACUGCAGUUCAUCAUUGGUGGCAAUAUCAACUGUGUGAUGUAUUCAUUGAAGUUAUUAAACCGUACUUUGCUAGUAGUAAUCCAGAAUUUGCCUCUGCAAAAAGAUAUGCCCAAGAUACCUUGUGGAUUUGUUUGGAUAAUGGACUUCGCCUACUUCACCCUUUUAUGCCAUUUGUAACAGAAGAAUUAUGGCAGCGACUCCCUUCGAGAAAUGGUUGUAAGAAGGAAUCCAUCAUGAUAUCAGAUUAUCCAUCAUCUGCAGAGGAUUGGACGAAUGAAGAUGUAGAAUCUGAGAUGAACUUGGUCGAAUCUGUUGUGAAAGAAUUGCGUUCACUGAGAUCUUUGAUCCCUAAUAAGGAAAGACUUGAGAGGCGAGUAGCUUUUGUGCGUGGUCGAGUGAAUGAUGAUGCAGAGAUUAUCAUAAAGCACGAGCUUGAGAUUAAAACACUUGGCAAUCUGUCAUCUUUGGAGGUCCUAAAGGAGAAUGAUGCUGUUCCAGCUGGAUGUGUGGUAGGUGUUGUGAACGAAGCUCUUCUGUUUUCCUCAAGACACAAGGGACGAUUGAUGUGGAUGCUGAACGCGAAAAGCUAAAGAAAAGGAUGGACGAUAUCAAGAGGCUGCAUGAUAACUUAUCGCGGACGAUGAGUGCAUCUGGAUACAAGGAGAAAGUAAAAUCUAAUGUGCAUGAGGAAAAUGUUGCGAGGCUUGCUUCUUGCUUGCAAGAACUAUCCUCAUUAGAGGAAGCAAGCCAGCACCUUGAGCGCGAAAGCGCCAAGGAAUCAAAUGGAUGUGCUACGCAUGGAGAAUAAACGGUCAAAUGUGGU